GUGGAGUCAAGUAUUUGGCAGAGACAGAGAGGGGACGCACGGACGUACGGACGGACCGCAGGCUUCAGGGGGUUUAGAGUGUGGAACCAUGGAGCUCCGUCGGGUCAACGUGUUCGUGUUUUUAUUUAUUAACCAAGUUAUCUUCAGUUUCCAGUCGAAAGAACAAGUAUUGCUGGAUAUGAGAGCUUCAGGAGGAGAGUUGGGGUGGCUGACGUUGCCAUAUGAGAACGGAUGGGAGAUAGUCCAAACAGUGGUGAAUGGCUCACUUCUGUAUACCUACAGUGUUUGUAACAUAGAAUCCACUGAACAAGAUAACUGGCUCCGCACAACAUUCAUUCAGAGGCGCCCAGGGACAACACGGGUCUCUGUGGAGUUACGAUUUGUUGUGAGAGACUGCAACACUUUUGGUGGUGCUUCAGUAUCCUGCAAAGAGACAUUCAACCUUUUCAUCUCAGAGGCCGAUGCCGACGUGGGAACCAACUUCCGGACAGGCCACUUCCGCAAAGUGGCCACCAUCGCCCCUGAUGAGAUCACACGGGGUCGUGUGCUGAAGGUCAACACUGAGACGAGGACAGUGGGACCUCUGUCGCGGAAAGGGUUCUACCUGGCUUUUCAGGACAUGGGCGCCUGUGUGGCUCUGCUCUCAGUCAGGGUGUACUACAAGACGUGUCCAUCCACAGUGCAGAGCCUGGCAGUGUUCCCAGAGACAGUGGCAGAUACUCUGAGGGAGGUGGAAGGAUCCUGUGUGGAGAAUGCCGUCAGUCAGGCCACCCCACGCAUCUACUGCACAGCUGACGGUGAAUGGGUGGUUCCUGUGGGCCAGUGCCAGUGUCUUGCUGGCUACGAAACUACCGGGGACUCUUGCCAAGCAUGCAAACCGGGAUACUUCAAGCCGUCUGUGUCCAACGAGUUAUGUCAGGUUUGUCCGGAGAACACCAGACCCUCCACAGCCGGUGCCACUGAAUGCGAAUGUGAGGAGGGUUUCUUUCGCUCCCCUUCAGACCCUCUGACAUCACCCUGCUCUGCUCCGCCCAGUGCCCCUCGUGACCUCACUUCCACCACCCUGUCAACAGAGGGCAAGCUCCAGCUGUCCUGGAGUCCACCUCUAGUGACCGGAGGCCGCAGUGACCUCACAUAUAGCGUGGUGUGCGAACACUGUGAGGGAAUGUUGUGUAUCCCGUGUAGUGACAAGAUACGCUUCGAUCCGGGCUCUACAGAUCUGCAGGACACUGCGGUCGUCAUCAGUGACCUGGAUUCUCAUCUCAACUACACAUUCACCGUGGAGGCUCACAGUGGCGUGUCUCAAUACAGCUCUAAGAGGCUGACAGCAGUUAUCACCACUGCUCUGGACUAUACAGAUGCCCCCAAGGUGACGUUUAUCCAUCUGGAUGAGCGCAGCCCCACCAGUCUGUCUCUGUCCUGGUCUUUGACUCGCAGACCUCCAGCCCACAUCAGUCACCGCUAUGAGCUUAUGUACCGCAGAAAAGAAGAUGAAAAUGAAAAAGAUGUAACCACCUACACAGUGCUGAUUUUGGAGAAAAGUUCAGUCCAGAUUAAUGACCUCUCCCCAGACACUACUUACAUGUUCAGAGUUCAAGCUAUUAGUCCUGAGGGAAACCCCGGCAGUUACAGCAAGGAGUACGAGUUCCAUACUUCACCACUAGCAGAGUCUCAAAUCCAGAACAACUCCACCAUGGUUCUGGGAGCUGUAGUUGGCAUUGCGGUUAUUCUGCUUGUUGUGGUGGCUGUCCUGCUUCUGCGUAAAAGGAGACUGAGGUCUCGUGGCAGAGGAGGACCUGAGGAUCCCUACUUUUCAACAGAUCAGCUGAAGCCUCUGAAGACUUACGUCGAUCCACACAUGUAUGAGGAUCCUAACAUUGCCAUCCAGAAGUUUGUCACAGAAAUUGAUCCUGGCUUCAUAAGCAAGCAAAAAGUCAUCGGUGUUGGAGAGUUUGGGGAGGUGUUUCGAGGAGUGAUGAAGACCCCCACCAGAGGAGAGGUGCCUGUGGCAAUUAAAACCCUGAAGCCAGGCUACUCAGAGAAACAGAGGCAGGACUUCUUGGGCGAGGCCAGCAUCAUGGGCCAGUUCUCACAUCCGAACAUCAUCCGCCUGGAGGGAGUCGUUACCAAAUUCAAACAUGCUAUGAUAGUGACAGAAUACAUGGAGAACGGAGCUCUCGACAUGUAUCUGAAGGACCGUGAUGGAGAAAUUCCUUCAUACCAGCUUGUGGGAAUGCUGCGUGGCAUAGCUGCUGGUAUGAAAUACCUGUCAGACAUGAGCUACGUCCAUCGCGACCUGGCAGCGAGGAACGUUCUGGUCAACAGCAACCUGGAGUGUAAAGUGUCUGAUUUCGGUCUGUCUCGCGUGCUGGAGGAUGAUGCAGAAGGCACCUACACAACCAGAGGAGGUAAAAUCCCCAUCCGCUGGACUGCCCCUGAGGCCAUUGCCUACAGGAAAUUCACUUCAGCCAGUGAUGUGUGGAGCUUCGGCAUCGUCAUGUGGGAAGUUAUGGCGUUUGGAGAACGGCCCUACUGGGACAUGAGCAACCAUGAGGUUAUGAAGGCUAUCAAUGAAGCCUUCAGACUUCCAGCUCCUAUGGACUGUCCAUCUGCGAUCUACCAGCUCAUGCUACAGUGCUGGCAGCACGACCGCUCAAAGCGACCUCGCUUCACAGACAUCGUCAACAUUUUAGACAAACUGCUCCGAAGCCCCGAGUCUUUAAAACCCAUCGCCGACUUUGAUCCACGUGUGUCCAUUCGCCUACCCAGUACCAGUGGCGGUGAUGGUACCAUGUUCAGGUCGGUGCCUGAGUGGCUCGAGUCCAUCAAAAUGAGUCAGUACAACGACAGCUUCGCUCGCGCAGGAAUCACGACCAUGGAGCAAGUGCUCGCCUUGAGGCAUGAAGACAUCAGGAAUAUUGGAGUACGGUUGCCCGGUCACAUGAAGAGGAUAGCCUACAGCAUCCUGGGUCUGAAAGAUGAGACCAGCUCCCUCAGCGUGUUUGCAGUGUGAUCUAAGCAUUCCUCCAAAUCAAAGUGCACUGACCGACCAUGCCAUUUCACUCAUGGACAAGGAGGACUGAAGUGGGAGAGGAAACCGAGCUACGUUGCAGGUUUUUUUCUCACACAAUGUGGCUCGACAGAACUGGACCCUCCAAGCCACUCAGAAAUGACUGAGAUUAAAAACACUUAUGUACUUUAUGAUAAGAGAAGAAGAGUAAUUUAUCACUAUGUAAAAAUGGUUUUGAACAUAAGCAGGUUUUAUGAGGUUGUAAAAAAUGAUUAUAAAAGUGAGCACAAAAUGUGAGACUGUGAGCGUGCUUGGUUUUGUAUUUACUGAAAGACUGAAAUAUUAGAGCCUCUGUAUGAUUAAAGGGCUAUUUUUUCCAAGCACUCACUUUUUCCUGCCAGCGUAUCUGGAUUCUUAAGUCUGUUUUGCUAUAUUUUGUGAUUAAUGAGACUUGUUUAAAAUUGGAAUAAUUAUUCCUCUCAGGGCAAAGUAUCAAACAUUCUUAUUGUUUGUAGUUAGUCUCUGUUUCAUAUCAAUUUUCCUCAAGUCAUUUCUUUGUUUACAUCGCGUCUUAAUACAGCUGUCCAUUUUAUUUAAUAUUUAUUUUAUUUUAUAUUUAUGUCAUAUGUUACAAGAAAAUUAACCUUCCUCUGACAUAUGCUUUCCAGGAAGGGUCUUUUUGUGUUUAUAUAAAUAAAAUCAGUGUUGCCUUGUGACUGGA